AUGAGAUAGGUUAAAAAAGGCAAGAAAAUAAAUAAGAAAAAGAAAACUUAAAAUAUCAAGAAAUAACAAAUACAAAAGGCAUCUUAACCAUUAGGAGACAAUAACCGUAAUUUUAAAUAAUUCUGAUAUUAGAGUGUAAGAGUGAAGAGGAUUAAAGUGAAAUAGAAAACUAUGAAGUAUCCUUUCUGGACUCAGGUGAUGGUUAUGAUAAUAUUUGUGACUUUGGUUAGCAAAUGUAUAAUUAAAAUAGGAUUGGAAAUACAAGAAUACGAUGACCAUAAAGGUGCAAUAGGACAUUUCAAUAUAGCAAUAUCCAUAGAUCCAAAUUAGAGUUAUGCUUAUUAUUUAAAAAGUAUUGAAUUCAUAACAUAAUCAGGUGUUUCACUAGAAAAAUUAAAUUUUUUAGAGAAAGCUUUAGUCAAUAUUAAUAUAGCCUUAGCAAUUGACCCUUAAGAUGAGGAUUCACUUUAAUUAAAAAGUUAUUAAUUUAUAAUAUAUUAGGUGAGAUUUUAGAAAAGAUAAAUUACUAAGGGAAAAGUUUAAAAGAGAAAGCAAAAUUAUCAGCUAAAAUAUUAAAAAAGGGGCUUGACUUCAUGUAUAAAAUUAAACUAAAUUAUUUAGGGAUUAAAAUCAAUUUCAAGAAGCAAUAUAAUAAUUCGAUAAAUUGAUUAAAAUUAAUUGUCAUAAUUUUUAAGCCUAUAUUGAAAAAGGUAUAGACAAUCUCUACUUUAGGAAAUGCAUUAUUUUAUUUAUUGGAUUUUGACUAAGCUCUUUCAUGUGCGUAAAAAGCAAUUGAUAUUGACCCGAUAUAAGAUUCAGCAUAUACUUUAAAAGGUUUUUGAAAAUAAAUAUAGUAGGCAUUGCAUUAUCAGAAAUUGGUAAUAAUAAUGAGGCAAUCAAUUCAUUUUAAAAAGCAAUCAAUAUCAACCCAAAAAGUUCUGAAGCUCAUUAUCAUUUGGGUACAUCAAUAUUAAAUACAUAGGAUGUGCUUUAAAUAAAGCUGAAAUCUAUGAUUAGGCAAAUCAACAUCUGGAGAGAGCACUUGAAAUUAAUCCUGAUAGUCCAUUAUUUUACCUGAAAAAAGGUAACUUCUAAUAAUACUCCAGGAAAUAACUUAUUUUGUUUGAGAAGUUAUGAAAAGUCAAUUGCAUGUUACAAAAAAGCAAUCGCUUUGAAUCCAGGAUAAGAUUUAUUAGAGAAGUUAAUUUUUGGAAAAGGUUAUGAAUUUAUUUUAAAUGUUAGGUAAAUCGUUAUAUCGCAUAAAUCAGUAUGAGGAAUCAUUAAAAUGUUUUGAAAACGUUGUUUAGUAAAAUCCUUCUAACGAUGAGGCCUAUUUCGAAAUUGGUAUAAAUAAAAUUCACAAAUUUAGGGGUUGUAUUACAACAUCUAAACGGAUUUAAUAAAUCAUUAGAUUUUUUUAAGAAAGCUUUAAGUUUAAAGCCUUAUAAUGAGGAAUACCAAAAUCAUAUAGGUACAUUUUUAAAUUAAAAAAUAGAUUAUGUUUUAGAACAUUAGAAGCUAACUUAAAAGCCAUAAAUUAGAUCAAGAAAAUCAAAAUAAAAGGAAGGAUGUAAAAAAAUUUCUAAGUAUAUUUCAAAAAGAUGA